AGUAUGUAAGGUGGCCAGUGCUUGCAAUAGCCAUCCUUGCUUCCGUUGUGGGAAGUCAAGCAAUCAUCAGCGGGACAUUCUCGAUCAUCAACCAGAGUCAAUCACUUGCUUGCUUUCCGAGAGUGAAGGUUGUUCACACCUCUGAUAAGAUACAUGGCCAGAUCUAUAUCCCUGAGAUCAACUGGAUGCUCAUGAUCCUCUGCAUUGCUGUGACUAUUGGGUUCAGAGACAUAAAACACAUGGGAAAUGCAUCAGCUUCCCUGACCAAGUUCCAUGAAGGUGCCUGGCUUCCCAUCCUCCUUGCACUUUUCCUUGUUACUGUCAUGUUUGUUUGGCACUAUGCCACCAUUAAAAAGUAUGAAAAUGACUUCUUCACAACAAAGUUCCAUUGGAUGGCUUCGGUACCAGUCCCUUUUGUGCCUCCAGCUGAGCGGUACCUUGUAGGCCGUGUGGGUCCUGCAGCUCAUCGGUCGUACAGAUUGGCUGUGAUAGGAACUGUAGGAUUUGCUGGCAGACCUGCGUUUGAGAAUGAGGAAACCAUGCAACCACGAAGUGUAACUGUUGGGUUCCCAACAGUUGACAGUAUAGCUGAUGUUACUGAGAUGGCGCCCCUUGGUGUUGUGGAAAGAAGAGUGAGGUUGCUGUUGAUAAACGAAUCUGAAGCUGAUUCUCAGUCUGAAAUUGAUGUGCAAUUGCGGGAAGAGCUAGAAGAUCUGUAUGGGGCUCAACAGGCGGGGACUGCGUUCAUUCUUGGGCAUUCACAUGUUAAAGCAAAACAAGGAUCAUCUUUCUUGAAGAAGUUGGCAAUCAACUUUGGUUAUAAUUUCCUGAGGAGAAAUUGCAGGGGACCAGAUGUAGUACUCAAGGUGCCUCCAGCGUCUCUCCUCGAGGGUUGGCAUGGUUUAUGUUUAUUUGAGCUAUAUAAAUGCAAACUAGUAUGA